AUGUGGCUUGGUUUUCUCAUCUGUUCCUUUGUUUUCGUAUCAAUUUCGGGAUUUUUGGAAGAUGAAGCGAUUUUCGAUAUGAAUCGCUAUCAAAUGAGUUUCAAGGAGCAAGGAAGACAUCACAGAUUGUUUGAGGUAUAAUUUUGAAUUGAGUUUUUUUUUUCAGGAAAAGGAACGAUUAGUCAAAUGUGGAUUUUUCUUUUAUUUAGAAAUAGAAAACACAUUUUUAAACUCAUAUUCCCAGACUUUUAAAAAGUUAUUAUAACUUACCCUAAAUCUUCAAAUUUUUCCAGAGUUUGCGACGACUGAAACAUGAGGGAAGAGUGUCCUAUUAUACAAUUGACUCAAAAAAUCAUCCCGAUUUAUUAUUCAAAGGAAGUAUUUCAUGUGGUGACCAAAUAGUGGAGAUAAUCGAAAUCGAAGCAUUCGUCAAUGGGUAUUCUGUUGGUCUGAUCUCCAAAAUGAACAACGAUUACACUGUUACUGAAGAUCUAGGAAUUGACCCAAAUCACUUGAGAAACAUCAAAUUGUUGAUCAAACAUAAAGGAUGUGUGCCUGCUGACAAAUAUUGCUAUGGUGUUAGCGAGUUCCACAGUUUCUUCAACCCAAGAACUUUCAAUCGUGGAGAAGUCACGAUUGAUUUGCUGCGACUAAAUUAUCGGGAAGAAUGUUAUGGAUUUUUCUCGCGAUUCAUCAGAAUGUUCUGA